GGUCCCUUUUUGAGGUCUGACUUUCUCACAGCUAUGAGGAAUGCCUCAGUAGUGACAGAAUUUAUCCUGUUGGGCAUCCCACACACAGAGGAUCUGGAGGCCAUGCUCUUUGUCCUGUUUUUGUCCUUCUACAUCUUCACUCUUAUGGGGAACCUGCUCAUUCUACUGGCAAUUGUCUCCUCCACUCGGCUUCACACCCCCAUGUACUUCUUCCUGUGUAAACUGUCUGUGUGUGACAUAUUUUUCCCUUCUGUGAGUUCCCCCAAGAUGCUCUUCUACCUCUCAGGAAGCAGCCGAGCCAUCUCUUAUGCAGGCUGCGUGUCCCAGCUCUUCUUCUACCAUUUCCUGGGCUGUACCGAGUGUUUCCUGUACACAGUGAUGGCCUAUGACCGCUUUGUUGCCAUAUGUUACCCUCUACGCUACACCAUAAUCAUGAGUCACAGAGUGUGUGGAGUCUUAGCCAUGGGAACCUCUUUGUUUGGCUGUAUUCAGGCCACCUUUCUAACCACUCUCACCUUCCAAUUGCCCUACUGUGGCCCUAAUGAGGUGGACUAUUACUUCUGUGAUAUCCCAGUGAUGCUGAAGCUGGCUUGUGCAGAUACCUCAGCUCUGGAGAUGGUGGGGUUCAUUAGUGUGGGCCUCAUGCCCCUCAGCUGCUUCCUUCUCAUCCUCACCUCCUACAGUCGUAUCGUCUACUCCAUCCUGCAGAUCCGCUCUGCAGAAGGCCGGCGUCAUGCCUUCUCUACCUGCAGUGCUCACCUCACUGCUAUCCUGCUUUUCUACAUGCCAGUGGUCCUCAUCUACCUAAGGCCAACUCCAAGUCCCUGGUUGGAUGCAACUGUUCAAGUCCUGAAUAACCUGGUGACCCCUAUGUUGAACCCCUUGAUCUACAGCCUCAGGAAUAAAGAGUUCCAGAGAGAGAAACUGUAACGUGGGCAUCUGAAAUGGAAACCUAGCACACGGAUGCCAAAAGUGGAGCUGAGAUGAUGGCUACUCACAUGGCAUAGGGGGCAUUGUAGAAAGAGGCUUUCAGAGGAGUGUUCACAGGAGUAGAAGCCUGUUCUGUGUGUUUCUCGCUCUCCCUGGGAUCCUGCUGAUUUCUUCUAAAUCGUAUUGAUUGAAGUGAAUCAAUAACUAGUCAGAAAUUAAAGUUUCCAUCACUUGAUAUGCAACUUUUUUUUGGUCAAGAAUACUGACUUUAUCUUUACAGAAACAAUUAUUCAAGCUAAAAGAAUAACAUUAUUUUUUUAAAAAGUAACGUUAUUUGUGUUUUGCUAGUUCACUUAGGGUAACAGGAGCAAUAAUGCCUGUAGUUAUUGCAAUCCUAAAUUUGUGAGAAAUAAUCUAAUCUAUUAUUUAUUAUCCUCUUUAUUUUACAUCCCUUGUUUAAAAAAUAUUUAAAUGCUUGUUUCAAUAAUAUUCUGCAAUGGCGACAUCAAAAAACCAUCCUUCAUUGUCCUGUUGGAAGUCUUUUUACAAAAAAUGCUUUUAUUUAAUAGCAAACAAUUCAAAAAUAAUAUUAAUACAAAAUAUGUAAACUAUAAAGAACUAUGAUACCAUGAACACUGGUGUCGACUACCUGGUUUAAGGAAGAGAAUCGUGUCGGCAGCUUGGGUGUUCCCAGUGGACCCCAGCCUGAUUCCAUACCCUUCACUCCCUCUAGACGUCAUCACUCUCCUGAAUUUUGUGCUUAUUAUUCCCUUGUUUUCCUUUAUGUUUUACUUCUUAUAUUUGUGUCCCUAAAUACCAUGUUGCAAGUUUUUGAACUUUAUAUUAAUUUAAUUCUGCUGAAAUUUGCUUUAAAUUUUACAUUUUUUGACAUAUGUUAUUUCAUAGGUUCAAGAUUAAUUCAUUAUC